AUGGAAAGUCAGGCUCUGUACGGAAAAAGAAAGAAGAAAAAGACAAAAUCGCCGAAUCCAUUGUUUGAAAUGUGGCUCAAAGAAUGGAAAGAGGAUGCAGCAGAGAAGGGCAUAAAAACACAGUUUGUUUAUGCCAAGGCAUUAAAGUCACUACAAAGAUAUUUACUUGUUUUAACAUCGGGGAGGGACUGCAAAAUCUUGGAAAAUUUUGGUGACAAAACUUGCAAAAUGCUGGAUGAUCGGCUUCAAAAACAUAUACAAGAACAUGGCACAAUUGUUCCACCCACGUUUGAAGAGGAAACACACACCAAACCAGCAGCCAAACAGAAACCAAAACAGAAGAACAAGGCAGCCUCUACAGCCACUGGGCCCGUCAAUCAACAGAGAGUUAUCUCCCAUGGAGCGGCACAUGCUCUGUCUGACUCGGAUAGUGAGGGGGAGGGAGAGGUCCCUCAACCCCCAAGGAAAAGACCGAGAUCAGGACUAGCGAGUGGAGAGAGGGAGUACAUUCCUGCCUACAGGUCCGGUCCUUAUGCCCUCCUGAUCACUCUGUACAGGGACAGACAGUCUGCAGAUGGAAGAGGAUUUAUGACAAAGACCGAACUCUGUAACAAAGCCCAGCCAUUGGCUGAUAAAUCCUUUACUCUGGCAGAUCCAGGUUGUCGUUACACAUCCUGGUCCUCUAUGGGGACUCUGAUCAAGAAAGGCCUAGUGGUGAAGGAGAGCAGCCCAGCCAAGUACAGCCUGACAGAGGUGGGAUGUCAGCUGGCUCACCGGCUAGAGGCAAUUCAGGCUGACGAUCUCCCACUCAGGCCAGCCUCGAGUCAGAGAUUACCAGUAACCGUCCCUGGACACAGGAAUCAGGACCAUGGAUCACUUCAAUACAAGUACGUGUCAAAUGAAGGGGAUGAGGUGAACAAGAAAGAUAAAGCAGCAGUUCUUAUUGAUGAUGAUUUUGGGCUGGGAUUUCUGAUUAAAGUGGACUACCAGCAAUUAUUGUCCAGCGGGAAACGUUACCGACUUGACACCACUAGGCCACUAGGUGACAAUGUGUAUGUUUACCUCCAUGAAGAGGAGGCUGUGGAUUGUAUUGUUACUCAGGAUACGCCGAGACUGCCCUCACUGGACGAUUUAGAGGAAACCCCAGCAAUUACCAAACCUACAAAGGAAGCAAAGAAGAGAACAAAGCUUCCUAAGGAUGUGAUGUCAUCUCACUCAGUAGAGCCACAGCUUCUGUCAUUCCAGAACUUCUCCCCCAAACCAGCUAGAAUUUCCUCUGUCAGAACUCUUAGUGAUGAAAGGGCAUCAGAGAGUGAGAAUUCUCAGGAGUCCACAAGUACUGACUGUGUACCUAACUUUGUGUUCCUACCCGGGCAGUUUGAAAUCAUGCUUUGUGUCGACAAUGCUGAAUUUUAUGGAAGCAGACAAGGAGGAGGGAAGUCCUUACUCCCUGACCUAAUUAAGAACGGUGUGACCUGUGACCUCAGAAAACUCCAUGUGGGGGAUCUACUGUGGGUCGCAAGGGAGAAAACUCAGCAGACAGAAGUUGGGAUGGAUCGGCCCAGGGGGAGAGAACUGGUGCUGGAUUACAUUAUAGAGAGGAAGAGGAUGGAUGACCUUGUACACAGCUGUACAGACGGACGACUCCAAGAUCAGAAGUUCCGCCUGAAGCACUGCGGCCUUAAGAAGCCAAUCUUUAUGGUGGAGGAUUAUGGGUCUCUGCAGCACUUCAGUAUCCCAGAGGACCGCAUCAGACAGACCAUUACCAAUCUCAAGGUCAUUGAUGGUUUUCAAGUGAAGAGAACAAAAAAUGUAAAGGAGUCUGUCGCCUAUCUAACAGUGAUGACACGCUACCUUCAUAGCUACUACAAGAAUAAGACCCUCCAUGCCUGCAGUAUUGAUGACAUCAAAGAACAGGAGUGGAGUAACGACAUAAAUGACCGAGAAAUGAGACUGAUGGAGUUCCAGGAGUUUAACCAGGGAUCCGUCAAGUCUAGGAAUCUGAGUGUUCAGGACAUGUUCUGUAAACAGCUGAGUAAAGUGAGUGGGAUGUCUGGAGAGAGGGCACAGGCUGUGACUCAGAUCUACCCCACAAUAAGUCACUUACUGGAAGCCUACAGAUCCUGUCCCAACAAAAUGGCAGCAGAGCGGCUACUUUCCACAGUCAAGGUCAACAAGUCUCUCAGGAAUUUAGGAAUGAAUCCCAGCAGACUUAUUCAUCAACUUUAUUCCAUAGAGGGGCCAUUAAAAUGACAGGGUACCAGACAUCAUAUCAGCUCACAACACAAUCAGUAAUCUAAUAUGAUAGUGUAUCACAAACUCUGGCCAAAUUCUCAACCAAAGAGGAAUGACAGUGUACAAUAUAUCAUCUCAACUCGUACAACAACCAGUGUUUUAAUGUGGUGGUGUGUUGUACUAGCUCAUCCCAAUUUCUCCAUCACAUGGGAUCCUAGAACUUUUAAGAUUGAUAGAAACAUGUCACUGCUACAUGUAUCUCACUAACAAAUGUUAUCUGUGACAGUAAACACCCUGAAUCACAACUGUAUAC